ACCCUAGACUUCACCUCCGCCCUCACAGGACACUACCCUUUCUUCACACUCCACCUCUAGUUGCUCUUCUCACCUCCCGCGCUUUCCCUAUCCUCCCCCCACUUUUCAUUCAUCCUUUGCACACUUAAGGCCUUUAUCAGUCGCCAACUACUGUGCCUUGCACUCUUUGUUCAUAGUGCCAUCUCUUUCCUUUUUGUCCUGGUAGAACCCUUUUGACCCGGACAAUAUCGUGUGUCUGGCGGGUACUAAUCGAGGAACAGGCUCAGCUAAUACGCGGAGCCGCCUUCACAGCUUGAUUCUGUUUGGCCCGCUCGCCAACAUUUAUCUGUACGUUCCUUCUAGGCUACUCCUGCUCUUUUUGCCCCAUCUUAGUCUCCCCUGUCGCACGGUUACCUGCUGUCUAACUAACAACCACUUCCUGCUAUCAAAUAGACAUUCUAUUCGACCGUCUACUAGCCGUAACGCGACAUUUUUCUCACCUGAAGACCUUCAAGAGUGAUCCGGAGAAAAUUACCGCCGGUUUCUAUUUGUUUCAGAAGGAUUCCUGCAGGCUUGUUGUUUGGCCCAGGCACGGGACAAAGAAGGACCAGUGAACCGGGGCCACUGCAAGGCAGGGUCGUGACUCAAACCUGCGACUGACUUUAUCCUGAGGACGGGAAGGCCGAGAAUUCUAAAUUCCAUUUCGCUCCCCAGCUGGCCCGGUUCGUUGGCUGUUCACUUGGUAGGUUCCCGCUCGCCUCUAUUCUAUGCUGUGCUUUAAGUUUGAAUGCAAGUUUGACUGACCAUGCGCACGAGAAACCCAGAGGCUCUCCGUGACGUAUAAGUAAGAGGGUGAUUGCACCCCUCUGAGUCCGGAUUUUUUUUUCUUCUUUCCUUUUUUCUUUUUAAGGGGCCAAGCUGAUUUUAGCUUUUUUGUGGUUUACAGCUUGGUUUUCAAUAACCAAGGAUUACUUUUUCCAGGCAUCUCCAGAGCAACUCAAUUUGUUUGUUCCUACCCCUCCACAACCCCCCAAAGCACAUAAGAUCGGGAUAGGGGAAUGUCACUCCCGGGAGUUUACCUCGACGAAAUCAACGCACUUAACCGCGAGAUACUAAAAUCAAAACCCACGGACGUUCUCCAGUUCUGUGCUAACUUCUUCAAUCGCCGCCUCGAAGCUCAGCGAGUCGAAUUUCUGCUAUCCGCUUCGAAUAACUCUGGGUUUUCCUCUUCAAACACUUUCGGAGCAAUGCCAAGUUCUUCGGCAUAUGGUGGCGGCGAGAGCCACUUUCCCGGUUCUGGGAUGAAUCUCGGCGGUUCUCCUUUAGAUGGGAGUCGCGAGAGCCCUUUUUCUGGAACAAUAAGAGAAGAAGAUGAAGACGUUGGACAGAGCCCGACUACCCCUAGCUUUAGACCGGCUGCUCUUGGAGGUCCUGGUCUUUUGAAUCCCAAUCUGGUUGCCCCACCUCCAUCACCGGGCCAAUCAUUGUUCUCUCCCCGAUCCAGAUUUGCCUUUGGUAACGAUCUGCCUCCACACUCGGGCUCGUCGCAUCUUUCCCCGUCGAUACAUCUUUCCCCGAAUUCUGCAUCACCCGAUUUCCCAUCCAAUUACAACAUGAGUCGACGAACCUCUGUUUCCGCCGAGUCACUGGUCCCAUCAUCCUCAAACGAGGAAUGGAACCCCCCUGUAUACCCAAAGACCUCUGAACAGCUCGGCCGCUUGAAAACAGCUGUGUCUGGAAACUUUUUGUUCAUGCACCUAGAUGACGACCAGAGUGGUCAAGUUCUUUCCGCGCUCAUGGAGAAACCAAUCCCCGGGAAAGGUACCCGGGUUAUCACGCAAGGAGAUGUCGGUGACUUUUUUUAUGUGGUUGAGAAAGGCUCCUUUGAUGUUUACGUCAAUAGUGCCGGCAGUAUGCUUCCCGGGCUUGACGGUAUGGGCAAAAAGGUGAACUCAAUUGGCCCAGGAGGGUCUUUCGGUGAACUGGCAUUGAUGUACAACGCUCCACGUGCCGCUACCAUCAUAUCCACAACAUCACACAAUAUCCUGUGGGCAUUGGACCGUGUGACAUUCCGCCGGAUUUUGAUGGAAAACACAUUUAAGAGACGCAGAAUGUACGAGGCAUUCCUUGAGGAAGUGUCAAUUCUCUCCUCCCUCGUCCCAUACGAGCGCGCCAAGAUUGCAGAUGCAUUGGAACCAUUCACUUUCCAUCCUGGAGAGGUCAUUAUUCAACAAGGCGAUCCAGGUGACAACUUCUACAUCAUCGAGUCCGGUGAAGCGGAGGUGGUCAAGCAGGGUAUCCAUGAGCCGAUCAAGAGGUUAACAAAAGGCGAUUAUUUUGGGGAGCUCGCGCUAUUGAAUGACGCACCCCGUGCUGCAAGCGUUAGAGCAGUAACCAGAGUGAAAUUGGCGACCCUAGGCAAGGAUGGAUUCCAGAGGCUCUUGGGGCCUGUGGCAGAGAUCAUGCGAAGGAACGACCCCAGGUUAGCGGAGGGUGUUGACCCACUCUCUGAUGUUGGAAACCCUGGACCUUCGGGCGGAUUUGAUGGAGGAAAGGGUGUUGUGGAGGAGGCGGCUGGCAGGGGGAGAGCCGUGGAAGUUUAAAGGCAUGUGGAAUUUGUUCUUAAAAAUUUCUUUCACUUCGGAUGGUGGGUAUCUUGCCCUGGCCGCUAUUCCAGAGCGACUAGAGGCUAUUGGUGUUUCCUCCUUUUAUUCCCGUCUCAUUGUAACUAUUCUUUUCUUUUCUUUUAUGUUUCUCUCCUUUGAGAUUGAUGCCCACGCAUUAAUGAAACGAAUGGGGGAAGAGCGGGGAUACAGAGAAUUAUGACGAAGCUGGCAAAGUGGAGCUUUCCUUUUUACCCCUUGUUCCUUUUUUAUCCUGCUUUUUUCUGCUCCCCAUUUGGACAACUCGUGGCGAUAGAGGUGGGGGAGUGUCCGAAGUGGUACGAACGAGGGAGGCGCAAGUUGUCUGUUAAGCAUUUAUCCAGGGCAUAGUGGGGCUGCUUGUUACGCUUGGUUGGAUGAUUAUUGAAAGUCAUUUCUCCCCCUGGCAACGCAAAGCGGUUGAACCUUUUGCACAGAGAAAACGGGUGAUAAGUGACGUUGGCACUGUAUUCCUAAUGUGAUACUGGUAUCAUUGCCUGGUCGAUGAACCGGAUAAAACGCGACUAGUCCGCCAUGCUUGAAAAACCCGCCACCGUGAAAACCCAAGGUAUAGGAUAAGAUCUAAUGGUAAUAAUAGUAAUAUACAGAGUAAGAGUGGAAAAGCCGACCCAGGUUUGUAGCAAAACUUAAACCCAACAACCCCGCUCUUAUUUUUUAAAAAAAAAAGAAAAAAAAAAGAAGGGAGCAAUCAGCUAUCCGUAACCUCAGCCUUCUCCCUCCUCCUCUUGAGUAUCUCCUGUCGGACCGCCUCAGCUCCAGCCUCGACUUCCAACACCUUCCCAAUCCCCCCCUUCCACCUCUCCUCCAGCGCGGCCAGCUCGGGUUGCGCGUCCACCUGCACGCCUUUACGCUCCUUGUUGACAACCUCGCACUCGGUCUUCAGCUCCAUCAACUUCUCCUCCAGCCCCUUUAGCAGCGCCUCCAGCUGCGAAUUGUGCACGAGCCACGAAUUCUUCCCGAACUCGUUCAGUAGCGUUAGGUUCGCCAGACGCGCCUCAACGUGUGCAGCGGAGGCAUACGCGGCCACGAGAGCGGAGCGCGAGGCCUCCGCCGCCAGCUCGUACCGGCUCACAUCAAUCCCGCCAACCCACGGCUUGCCGGCCGCGAUCCUGUCGAGUUCGGC